UCGGGCCUGUUACAGUAAUCAAUUGUUAAGUAAUACUAUGAUACAAAAUAUUUAUAAUUUUGAACCAGAAAAUUAUACUGAAUGCACUGAUGAUGAAGACACAAUCCAAAGAAAGCGUCAUAAAAGAUUAUUUUUAAAAAUUACAAAAAGAGGUCCAGAGGCUUUUGAAAAAUUACGUCAAAUUUUUAUAGCUUUAAAAUAUAAAGAUGCUUUGAAUAUAUUGUUUGGUGCCGAUGAAGAUAUGAUUUCGAUAAGAUCGAGUAAAAUAACUGGUACAGCGACGUUGGGAAAUGAUGUUGAUGAUAAUGAAGAGAAUAUUGAAGACCAUAAUAUUAGGGAUAAUGUUGGUUUAAAUAGACAGAUUUCCCUCUCUCGAACUAACAACGAUAAUAACACCGAUUUACAUGAAUAUGAGGAUUUAAUUCAACCUAGAAAACCUAUUUUUGUUCAACCAGCAACCAGUAUUACCAUAGAUCCCAAAAUUGGAACAUAUCCCAUGGAAAGUAAAAAUAAACGUGGUAUUUUCUUUAUGGUGAAAAGUGAUGAACAGCAAUCAGAACUGGAUGAAGAUGAUCACUCACUAUUGUCACUGUUUCAACAAUUGGACUUUAAACUAUAUGCCUAUAGCAAUAUAACACUCAAUAAAUUCCACGAACUACUUGAGCAGCUACUAUGCUCUGAUGCCAUUAAUGGUGUAGAAUGUUUUGUUUUGUCCUUACGAUCAGGUGGUCGUAUAAUCGAUGGUGAACAAAGGAUUAUAUUUAACGAUGGUUCUGUAGUUAAAGUAGAAGAAAUUCAACAACAUUUCUAUAGUCAACAAUGCAAACAGCUAGUGGGCAAACCGAAAAUUUUCAUAUAUCCCUAUAGUGAAAUAUCGAAUAGAACUCUUAGUCAUACGAACAGAAUACAAACAGACAGUAUUGGUCAACAGGUUCAUUUAAAACAUGUAUCUCAAUUGUCGGAUGUUAUUAAUUGUUAUGCCACAACUAAGGGUUUCAUGGAUCAACGGGAUAAUGAGAAUUAUACACGUUAUAUAGAGAAUUUUGUUGAUGUCAUGGCCGCACAUGCAUGUGAUACUCAUUUCGAGAAUAUGCUUAAGAAAAUUCAAACAAAUGUUGCCGUAUUGAGUGUAAGUCGGGGCCAAUACUUACAAAUGUCCAGUUAUGAUAAUAUUAGCUUUAAUAAAGUUCUAUAUUUUAAUCCAGGAGUCAAUGUGAAUUAAAUUAUUUAUAAGAAUUUGU